CCUUCCCUUAUCCAAUGGGACUACAUUUGCUGCGCUUUUUUCCUUGGAUUUAUGAUGGUGCAGUGAAACCGUCCUAUAGCUAUAGCUACAAGGACGACAACAACUUUGGAGUAACGAUAGCAUUGUUGCAAUCUGCUCGCUUGCUCUACGUAGUGUUUCUCGUUCCAAAGUCGUGUUGUGUCUCUCGUUACAUAUAGUUCGUGGUACCUUCAUCGGCCCUACUGAGGUCUUUCAGCAUGUAUAGUUGUAACUCCGCUGACUCAGUCUUCAUGGAUGAGGCCUUUUAGUGAAGUCGACAACAUCAGUUUUCCCUUCAUAUAAAUAACGACGUGCUAACUUUAACGGAAAUAUGCUGGAACACGCUACGCCCACAAACACACUGAUAUCCAAGAACACUUUUCGUUUGCAAAUCUGCUAAGCCUUCAUUGAUGGGACCAACAGCCUAAUCGUUUUCGUGUGUUGUUCUUGUUCAUGAUUUGAUCAAUCCAUGUUCGCUGUAUAAAUCAUGGAUGGAAGAGUGCUUGGAACAACGACAAUUCCAUCGACAAGAACCGAUGUGCUGGACAGGAACAUGUUGAACGUGACGGAAUGUCUUUAUCGAAGGACAACGGAUUUCGACGCCAUUGCGUUGACCCUGUACAUCACCAAAGUCUACAUGAUGCCCGUUCUGGCCCUGCUCGGAUUCAUAGGGAACAGCCUUUCUUUCGUCGUAUUAACCAAGGAAAUGAGAUCCACGCCUACGGCAUUUCUGCUGAAGGCUUUAGCAGUUGCAGAUAACGCUGUCCUUACCGUUUACUUAUGUUUUUUCUCUAUCAGUUGUGUGUACGAGUAUACAGGGCACUUCCUCCCGUAUAAAAAGUACUUCGAGAUGACUAAAAGCUACUCCUGGGCCCUGUUAUGGUUUACCAAGGUAAUAUCAGUGUACCUUGUUGUAGCUGUUACUGUUGAACGAUUUAUCGCAGUCUGUCGUCCUCAUAAAGCAAGGACGUGGUGCAAAAUAAAAAACGCCAGGACUGCUGUCGGGUGUAUUUGUAUGUUUUCUUUGAUAUACAACCUGCCUAAGUGUUUUUCGUGGGAGACAGCUUUAAGAUACGAUCCGUGUUUAGAGGAGACAGUGCCAAUUGGGAUUGACACAGCUUUAGGGAAGAACCAAUAUUUCAACACGUUCUACAAAGUCAUUCUCUAUAUCAUGACAGUAUUCAUCAUUCCACUGACAACUAUUCUUGCUUUGAAUUAUCAACUGAUCAAAGCGAUAACGGUAGGUGGACAUCGGGGCAAUCUUCGCAAAAGGAGACACACAAAUUACGAUGCCAUCACUAAGCGAGUUGUGGCAGUAUGUGGUGUUUUUCUUAUUCUCGAGCUUCCAGCCGUCCUAAUGAAUAUCUUGGAAAUAAUUGCUUAUAUUGAUGGACAAGUCAAAGGCUACCAGCCGCUUUAUCUUGUUUCGGAGACCACCAAUGGUCUUAUCCACCUCGCCUAUACGUUUUCUGCCUUAAAUUCAUGCGUAAAUUUCUACAUAUACUUUUUAACAGGCAACCAAUUUCGGCGGACUCUGAAAUGGAUGUUGUUAGGUCAUUCGAAUGGGAUGGAUAAAAGUGCUCCAAAUAACCAUACCCUUGAAACAGGUGUUAGUGUGCACAGAUAAGAACCAAUAUUUUCAUUCGAAUCCAAACUUUGUAAAUAUGGAAAUACAUUGUAUGUGUUAUGCAACUACGUGUUAUGCAACCGUGUUAUGCGAUGAACUCGAGUGAACUGUGGACAUGGUCACAGUAGAGAUCCGAACGAAAGAAAUAAAGAAAAAAACACAAGCGUGGAUGGAUGUGAAUUAUCUAAUGAUGUAGUUGGUGAUUUCCUCUAAAAGUCUCAUUACCGAAAGCUGCAAUUUAAGUCAACGUGCCGUCAAUACCGACACAGCUCCUAAGGGAAAUGAUUGUACCCAUUAAUUUGCAUAGGCCGCAAAAGAUAAUGACGUGGCACUGCCAAAGUAAGCAAGUACCAUCAUUAUCAUUACCGCGGCGUCGCAACCCUUUUGGAUUAUUUUACCGGAGGUAUGGAGUCCACUACAGGCUACGGUCCACCUAUGCGGGAUGGCAUAGACACUCAGGAACAAGCGAUAAUACUGUGAUCACUCAGUUUGUGAAUUAUAUUUACAGGUACCUACUGUGUGAUGCUACUAUUUAUUCAUCGGUUUCGUUUGCGGGAUUUUUUAUUUUCGUGAUUACCAUAUUUUACAGAAUAAUCUUCUGUUAGAAUAACAGACAUUAAUAUAGCUGUAUUACAUGAUGUGACAACUUUCUGUGAGCAUCACGUUAUAACAUCUUGACUGGUGGUAUACACGGCUGGUGGUCACACAUGAGGACACGGAAGAUUUUCCUGACUUGGGGGCGCUUUACCCAACAGAUGGCGGCUUAAACUAUCAAUAAGUGAAGAGAUGAAAUAACUGCAGUUCUCACUAUCAAUGAUAUCAAGAAUUGAUAAAGGCUAAUGGAAUUACCGUAAGGCCAAAAGCCUAUCCUCUAUUGAAAGGGCAGUCACUGAAAUCAAGCUGGUAUUUUGCAUUACUUUAAUGGAAAGAUAUAAUCAAGAAGAACAAAACGAUUAGGGCAUUUCGCCACAGUGUGAAUUCCUUUCCACCGCGCUAUAGGGCGUGAUAGUGGGUGGGUAUCUGCAUACCAAUGAGGGGUUUUAAGGCCCCAUCAAAGUACAACUUACUUCUAUUUAUACUUACUUUUCAGCACUAUUGAAUUAGUCGAAUAACUUGAGGCAUGUACUUUUUGUGUAAGUAAUCAUGCACCACCUUGCGAUGGGCAACACUGAAGUAUAUCCAAAAGUGUACAAAUGAUACGCAGCCAUGUCUCUAGCUAGAUUUGCCGCUAGAGCAAAGGCACAUGAAGAUAAUGGACCGAUUACCCAAUCAAUCGAACGCCACACCAGCCCAUUAUCACUCAUCAGUGAGUGCUGUUAGUAGACUCUUUCUGAAUCUUAAUGAGUUCUGUUCAUGAAAAUUCAUUGCACAGGGAUGGUUCUGGUAUG